UGAAUAGUCAAAAUUUACCUGAAUUUUUAAAGGCGCUCUUAUACCCCUGCAGAGAGUUUUAUAGUUUUAGUUAACGGUUUUGAAAUUAAACUUUAGGUUUCUGUUUAUUUAAAUAUAAUGGACAGAGAAAGAUAGUUAAUCUUCGGGCAACGUUACACAAUUAUAAGCUGUGGAUAACAUAUUGCUUACAUCAGUCAAUAUAUCCUGUAGCCAUAAAAUCGACCUUCUCUCAUAAAUACAUUUUUGAAAGAUAGAUUCGACGUUUUUCAACACUGAUGCCGUAAGGCUUGGUUUACAGGCGUAAGAUUUAAAAUAUAAUUAAAUAGAACCACAAGAGAACGGAUUUGCAAUGCCAGCCCAAACUCGAGUGCUGGACUUUGGCGAUGGAACGUUUCCAAUCCAACUAAACUAUCCUGAUCAGAAGAUCUUCAGUAAUUGCAAUAGUUACGGCGAUCGCGUUCCGGGUCUUAAUUGGAACGAGAUCACUGUGCACCAUCGCGGUCAAUUUAAGUCCAUGUCGAAUCCGCACCAAAUAAUUCUGGAUGGACUGUAUCAGGCAGUAGAUGGAGCCGAGUUCUUUCCGGUGUUCUAUCAGCGUGGUAACUAUGAGGAUACUUUUCUGGUUCGCAACUGUAAAGCGGCUAUCGACAAUCUGUUUAAUUUGCGACUUACCAUCAGCGUGAACUCAGGCGCCACUUUCGAUAUCAGCGUCCAACUGGGAGUGGCCCAGUAUCAAAGGAACCAAAUAUCGCCGCACUUGCUCAUUGCCCAAGUGGUCAACAGACUAAUGAGACAACUUGUUAAAAAGAACGGCGUGGAGCGACUGCUCAAUUUGGACAGUUUUGGCGAACAUCCGGAGUUCCGCAACAUUGUGGUGAGCCUGGGUAAUCCAAGCAUUCUAAUGAACGUGUGCCAAGUAAUACGCAACGACACUAAUAGCUUCCGGGUGAACGGGUUCAUAUUGUCCAACAACAACAUCCGGAAUGUACGGCCUCUGACUCUUUUCGCCAAUGUAGACUAUGCCCUGCUCGACUUAAGUAAUAACAAAAUUAAAUCAGCUGAACGAUUUUGUCGCGCCCUCGAGGAAUUCCGGGCAGAAGAGUUGUUCCUGGAAAAUAAUCCCAUUGUCAAGACAUAUCAGUUCCCAGAGAACAUCAGGAUGCUCAAGAAGAACUUCAAGUUAGUCAAUGGACGCCCCUUCGAUAUGCUGCACGAGGAAUAUUCGCCUCUUGAUAAUGACAUCGAUCUGGAGACGGAUGGAUCGCGGCUGGACUCGAACAAUACGUGGAAAUUGUCAGAGUAUACUAUGAGCCAGGAUUGGCAUGCGUUUAUGGUUCCUGAUCCCCAACAAGAAUUCAGCAAGGAUGCGUUUUUUGAUUUUUUCUUCAUUCGCAUAGAAGCAACUUUGAGCGAAUUUUAUCCCUGCUACUAUAAGUACAUUAAAAAUGAGCACGUUUUCCUUGUACGCAACUGCUUCGAUCAGAUUUCUAGUUUGGUUAACACAUACAAUCUAGAGAUGUGGAUUCCGCCGACAGUCAGUUUUCCUGAGGAGCGUAUCUUCAAAUACUACCUGCGCAUGAACGUGAGCACCUAUAAAAAACACCAUAUCGAUCCUAAGGAAUGCAUUCAGAAAGCUGUCCAGCUUUGCUAUGUGCCCCAAAACCGGCUGCUUAACCUUGAUAAAUUCCAGUCCAACGAGAGUCUAAAGAACGUUGUGGUGUCACUGAGCUCGCCGAAAAUUUUGACCUCUGUACUGUCGAUGGCGUCGCGUCAAUUUAUGGCUAACUGCUCGGAGAUUCGCUUGUGCUGCAACAAGAUCGUGACAGUGGAUGGAGCUCAUGUCCUUCGUCGGAUGGGCAACCUGCGUGCCGUGGAUCUAAGCCACAACUGGCUUCACGACCUCUCAGUGAUUAAGUCUUUGGGCGAGCUACCCCUGAAAUCCCUUGUACUUCAUGGAAAUCAACUGUGUCGCAACUACAGCCUGCCCAGCGAAUAUAUCCGUGCGGUUAUGGAACUGUGUCCGCAACUGACCACCUUGGAUGGUGUUGAUCUGCAAACGAACCCCGGUCAGUCGCCACAAAAGAACUUUCUUUGCGAUAUCGGCGCCUACGAGCUGAUUGGCGGGUUUUUCCUUAAAAAUUAUCUGCGAGAGUUUGAGGAUAACGAGGACCGUGGUCGUCUGCAUAAGUAUUACACCAAUGACUCGAUCUUCACCCUGACUUGCAACUACAGUGUGGUUCAGAAUCAUCAGACUUCCCAUAUGUUGCGCCGCAUUGCAAAAUACAACAAGCAUGCGAGAAAUCUUCUCAAAAAUGAUUUCUCAAAGGCGGCUAAUAGCGUGUACGUUGGCACAGACGAGAUUCUGGAGGUGCUGGCACAACUGCCAAAGGUCACCCAUGACUUUCACUCCCUACAGACGGACGUAAUGCAUUACGACGGCAGCUCUGCCGUGAUCUAUGUUACUGGCUUGCUGCGCGAUGAGGAACCGAGCAAAAAUGCCAUCGGUGAUGUUUUUCUGGGCUUCAGUCGGCAGUUUGUUGUCAAGUUCGAUACGGAGGGCCUGGGCUUGGGUAAGAGAGCUCGCCGCCUGAAGAUCACAAAUGAACGACUUAACAUUAUGAGACCCUCAACAAAUAUGAUCCGAAACGCUUUCAGUGUGCAAUAUCCCGAUCCAAGUGAACAUCCGCGAGAAGAUGAUUCCCUGGAUGUAAAGGACCAUAAACUGCUUCUGUUUCAAGAAGUAACCGGGCUCAUUUCCACCUGGUGCACAUCGAUUGUUGAGCAGGCAGACUGGGACUUCGAGAGGGCUUUAAAAUUGUUUAUCCAAAAGAAUCAAGACCAAGAGAUCCCUGACUUGGCCUUUGCUUAACCAAAUAUAUAUUUAGGACAAAUUGAAGAACCUUCUCAUUAUGAGCUCCUAGUUUUAGUUUGUUUGCCAUUUAUAUUAUUAUUUAGUUCGAAUUUAUACAAAUUAUUAAAAAACAAAUGCACGAAUAAAACUUCAUGUGCUUCCAAAAGCUAACAACACCAAUGCAAUACACAACCCAAGAAGUCUACUUCUUAAACUUUCUAAUUUACAAAUGUCGAGUGGACAUUGGUUGUUAAAAACAUUAUUGUCAAUAAAUUCUGUUUUAGGAUCGUAGACAUUUAUUUUUGAAUAUGCUCUAUCUGACAAAAUUUCCUUACAUUGUAAUUGAAUAUGUUCUGAGACUUAUUUAGUUAAAGUGUUUGGUAAAAAAAAAAUAAAUAAAAGCAAACCGCCAAAAAUAAACCGAAACCUCUCAAAAUAACAAUUUUGACUUCCCAAUAAAAACUGCCAUGUAUUACCAUUAAAAUGUUGUUUAGAUGGCGAAAACAUUUAUUUGAUAUUUAAGAUUUUAUCACGUGCAAAAAGAAGUGUUUCUUUUUACACAUUUAUUAUGGGAGUGGUAUCGUAUAUCUCCGAUUAGCAAUAUUUAGCUGUGGAGUAAUGAGGCUGGGCAGUGGGAAAUAAAUAAACAUCGAAAAAUGCCAUCGCUUAAAUAUUUAAAUAUUUUGUAGACUAGAAAAUGUUUCUAAAUACAUUAGCAUAUGUUUUUUUGUAUAAUAUGUAUAAUGCAUUAGUAAACGCACAGUUCAUGACCCUUACACAAUAAAUUACAAAAAGAGGGAAAGUCCGACUAAGCUCUAAGAUUUCGCUUAUACCUUCAAUGUGUGUGCUCAAUGGCCUUAGCUGGAUGGUAAGGUAAUGAGUGGUUCAUGCAAGUUUUGAGUAUGGCUGAUUGGGUGACAAUAAAAUUAAAAGAAAAUCGUGUGUUUUUCCAUGCUUUUCAUGUCUUGGUUUUAAUUCCAUAAAUUAGAUCAAGUUUCAAAACAAACUCUAUUGCCAAAAUGAACGAACAACACUUGUCCAAGCUAUGAGCGCGUUAAUAUCAGAUAAGUCCGUUGCGUUCCACGUCCGACUGCGUUUCCGUAUCCGGUUUGUGUGCAUUUUUUGUGUGUGUAUGUAUGUACUUUGGGUAAUUACAAUUGUUAAUUUAUCGGUAAAAAGAUUGACAAGUGUCAAGCGCUAAGAUUUUUGCCGACUUUUUGGCUUGGAAAAAACAAUUGCGAAAUUGGCGCUCAUAGUGGUGAUUA